AUGAAAAGUGGAAGCAAAAGAGGCAGGAGCAGGACGCUGAGCAUAGUCUCAGGCAACAGCCACAGCACCUCGUACAACCUCUACAAGUUGCUGCUCAAAGAGCUAGGAAUAGACAUACGAGACCAAAAACUCAAGACACGGGAAGAUGAUGAUCCAGAAAGACAUGUUGGUUCUACUCUGAUUAGUUCAAUGGAGUCGCUGGAACAGAUUAUGAAUAUGAUUAAGCUACCGUUCUACUUGGAGAACUUUAUGGUGUUUGGACUCUUGUCAUGCUUGAAUUCAUUCUUAAAGAUGCUGGUUAUCUUGCCAUUAAAGAUCGUUAUUGAUAUAUCCGUGCUGAUAAUGAAGUUUAGAAACCAAUUCAUCAUCAAUACCAAUAACGAAGGUGAGAGAAGAAGAGACUAUUUGAGUAUAAUCAAUUUGAAAAAUUUACUAUUCGCUUCAUUGUUAAUAUUGGCUAUGAUUUUCAGUAAUGUGGAUACCUCAAAAAUUUAUCACACAAUUAGAGCACAAUCUUCAAUCAAAUUAUAUGUAAUGUUUGGUGUUUUUGAGAUCAGUGACAAAUUAUUAGCAACUGUUGGUCAAGAUUUAUUAAAUGUUUUAUUCAGUUAUAACAAUGUGGUAUUGACAGACGUGGGCUCAAUAUCACAAUUUAUCCUAUUUUAUGGUUUAAGUGUUAUUUACCUAACUAUCCACACUGUUGUCUUGAUCUACCAAACCAUUUCACUAAAUGUGGCAGCAAACUCAUACUCAAAUUCCUUAUUGACUUUAUUGUUAUCGAAUCAAUUUGCCGAGAUCAAAGGUUCUGUUUUCAAGAAAAUUGAUCGUGAAGGUUUAUUCCAAAUGAGUUGUGCAGAUGUUGUUGAAAGGUUCCAAUUAUUAACAAUGCUGUCAAUUAUAAGCUUAAGAAAUUUGGUCCAAAUUGGUAAUGAUUCUGAAACUGUUGGAUUAAUACCAAAUUCUUCAUUUGCAAGUUGGAAUAAGGCAUUAGGUAUAAUUUUCGGUCCUACUGCAAUUGUUAUAGGAAGUGAAUUGAUUGUGGACUGGGUUAAACAUUCUUAUGUCACAAAAUUUAACAAGAUUAGACCCAAGAUAUAUGGCAACUAUUUGAAUGUUUUAUCUUCUGAUGUGAUUGAUAAUUUUAAAAUUCGUGUUUCGAAUAAUAAUGAUGAUAAAAUUCAACAUAGAAUAGGGCUCCCACUACCUGCAUUAUUUGUUCUUUUUGUUGUGAUGUCCAAACAUUCAUUGUCUUGGUUCUUAUUCGAUCCAACAAAAGGUUCGUCAUGGUCUAGUCAAUUGAUUUUCACAAAUUUGAUUAUAUUGAUCUUGUCAUACAUUACACUAUUGCUUUUCAAACUUUUAUUAGAGCUGAUCUUGAUCAAAUGGUCUAACCUAAGGAUGAAGAAAGUUGCGUUGCAGCAACAGAAGGAACCGGAUACAGAAACAGAUUAUGUUCCAGGUUUAGUAUCGGGUGGCAUGGGUGCAGUUGAUAGCACCUCAAGAAAACUUCUUUAUGAUCCUCAUGAAACAAUGUCACCAAGUCUUAAUGAAAUCAGACAACGGAAAGAAAGCAAAACACAUGGAAACCUGAAUAAAGUCAGUCGCUAUAGAAUGUUUUCUAAACGAAUUUGGUAA